AAGAAAUCUAUUCUAAAAAUCUCAAAAUUAUUUCAAAAAUGGCUGCCUCCCAUUGGAUCAUCAUCUUCAUGGCAACAAUUGUUGUUCUUGCAACUUCAAUCUCCGCUAAGGAAUACAUUGUUGGGGAUGGAAGUGGUUGGACUCUUGACUUUGAUUAUCAAGCUUGGGCCAAAGAUAAAGUUUUUAUGGUUGGAGAUACACUUGUAUUCAAUUACGCACCUGGUGCCCACAAUGUGAUGAAAGUCGAUGGAAACAGUUUUCAAAAAUGUCUUAUCGCACCCGUAUCCAAUGGAACCUUGACAAGUGGACGAGAUGUUAUCCCACUUAAGACCCCAGGAAUGAAAUGGUAUGUAUGUGGUGUGGGGAAACAUUGUGAGUUAAGGAAAAUGAAGCUUGCUAUUGCUGUUCUACCACAGACAAUGACUCCAGCUCCAGCUCCAAGUGUAUCAACAUCGAUCAAAUUGGAAGUAUCAGCGAUCUAUGGCUUUCUAGUUUCAUUAUUCGGAGGUUUUUUGUUGCUCUUGGCUUAAACAAUUUCUUUCUUUAGAAUUUUCGAAAUUGGUUAUUUUAUUUAAUAUGUCUGUUUGUUGUAUCGGA